AUUGAUGUUUGCGUGAAAAUCGUGGAAACAACAUGACGCGGAUCAGUGUCGCUUUUCCGCUAUUAUGUGUUCUGUGCAGCAUAACGUUCUCUUUUGCCUUCAAGUUUGAGGACUGCGGUUCGGAGGUGGGCAAAUUGGGUGAAAUCGUAAUUUCAAACUGCGAUACGUCUGAAGACAAAUGCAUUUUGACUCGUGGCAAUGAAAUACGCGUAUCUGCCAAAUUUACACCAAGCAAAGACAUUACGGACGUCACAGCGUAUGCUUAUGGUGUUUUAUUGGACGUGCCUGUACCCUUUCCUCUGAAAAAACCUGAUGUGUGCAAAGAUCCGGAUUCGGGGCUCAAUUGUCCUUUAAAGAAAGAUCAGGAGGCUGAAUACAAAGCUUCGUUCACUUUGGAUAAGGCGACUCCCGCGUUGAGCGUGGAUGUUCUGUGGGAAUUUAAAAACGAGAAUGACGAGAAGCUUAUAUGCUUAAAAUUCCCAGCUAAGGUUGUAUAGGAAUAUCAGCUAUGGCAUUUUUGAAAUGAUUAUAUGAGUUAUGACAAAUUAUUGCGUUUAAGGAACACGUUAUACGCGAACACGUGAACAUGUACCUACGUUAGUUUUUAAACAAUGGAUAUUGCCGCAUUUUUAAUGCAUGUCGACGUAAACUUCACUAAUUAAAAUUGUGGAAAUAAUAAACAGUAAAAAAAUUUCUGA